AUGCCGUCAUCGCCGCCGCCGCCGCCCGGUCCGUCGGGCGAACUGGUGCCGCCGUGGCUGAGAGCCCUGCCGCUGGCGCCGGAGUUCCACCCCACGGAGGCCGAGUUCGCCGACCCCGUCGCCUACAUCCUCAAGAUCGAGCCCGCCGCCGCGCCCUACGGCAUCUGCAAGAUCGUCCCGCCCUGCGCGCCGCCGCCCAGGAAGACCACCCUCGCCAACCUCGCCCGCUCCUUCUCCGCACUCCCCUCCUCCUCCCCGACCUUCCCGGCCCGCCACCAGUACGUCGGCCUCUACGCGCGCCGCCCGCUGCCGGCGGUCCAGACCGCCUGGCUCUCCGCGCGCCGCUACACGCUGCAGCAGUUCGAGUCCCGCGCGGCCGCCGCCCGCGGCCCGCUCCUCGCCCGCCUCGGCGUGCCCGCCUCCAGCCGCCUCUCCCCGCUCGACCACGACGCGCUCUUCUGGCGCGCCGCCGCCGCCGACCGCCCCGCCACCGUCGACUACGCCAGCGACCUCCCCGGCUCCGGCUUCUCCGCCCCCUCCCCGCGGCACCACCACCCCGCGGCGCAGCAGCGCCACGUCGGCGACACGGCCUGGAACAUGCGCGCCGCCGCCAGGAGCCCCGGCUCGCUGCUGCGGUUCGCGCGCGACGAGGUGCCCGGGGUCACCACCCCCAUGCUCUACGUCGGCACGCUCUUCGCCUGGUUCGCCUGGCACGUCGAGGACCACGACCUCCACAGCCUCAACUACAUGCACUUCGGCGCCGCCAAGACCUGGUACGGGGUGCCGCGCGACGCCGCGCUCGCGUUCGAGGACGUCGUGCGCCUGCGCGGAUACGGCGGGGAGGUCAACCCCGUAGAGACCUUCGCGACGCUGGGGAAGAAAACUACCGUCAUGUCCCCUGAGGUGUUCGUGGAAUCAGGGGUGCCCUGCUGCAGGUUGGUGCAGAAUGCAGGGGAGUUCGUGGUCACUUUCCCGGGAUCAUACCACAGCGGUUUCAGCCAUGGUUUCAACUGCGGUGAGGCAUCAAAUAUAGCUACUCCUGAAUGGUUGACAGUAGCGAAAGAGGCAGCAAUCCGGAGGGCAUCAACCAACCGACCCCCCAUGCUUUCGCACUAUCAGCUGCUUUAUGAACUUGCACUGUCAAUGGGCAUCAGGGACCCAUCCAUCGGGGUAAUGGAACCACGGAGUUCUAGAUUAAAGGAAAAGAAGAAGGGCGAAGGAGGGCAAUUGGUCAAGAAGUUAUUUGUCCAAAAUGUUAUUCAAGACAAUGAACUGCUUAGUUGUCUUCUGAAUGAUGGAUCUUCUUGUAUUGUUCUUCCUAUAACUGCUCAUGAUGGUCCUGUUCUUUCAGCUCUGCGCUCAAGAUACCAAUUAAGACCUAAAUCCAAUUUGUCAGAUAACCUAUGCAGUAGUGGAGAAACUCUGGAAGCCUCGAGAUGCUUACUGCAGAAUGAAGCAUUUGAUUUGAAUGGUAAAAUUAGAAACUGCAGUGCUUUUUCACCUGACACACAUAAUGCAGAAGGUGAUGAGGUGGAUGUAAUCAGUGCUGCUGGACUAUUAGAUCAGGGUUUAUUAUCCUGUGUCAGCUGUGGGAUUUUAAGUUUCUCGUGUGUGGCUGUCAUCAAACCAAGAGAGUGUACAUCAAACUACUUCAUGUCUUCUGAUUAUAAUUUGAUUAGUGAUAAGCUUUUUGCAUCUGGAGGGAGUCAUCUGGCAAAUGCAACAGGAAGAGAAGGGACUAGUGGUGGCAUUCUAAGACCCGGUUUUGAAUCGUAUGGCAAUGAAAUGCUUUCUGAUGCUGAACCUGUCAACGGAAAUUCUGCUCUUGAUCCUCUGGUGGCUGCUUAUGGAGAUCAAUCAGAUUCCAACGAAGAUAUUCGGAACAAAAAACUUAAGGUCUCUCAUGAAUCCAUGGAAUUAUCGGGGCAGAUGACUGAACCACAGCACAAUGGCUCAAGUAAUAUCUGUUGUGAUGGAACGAAGAUUUCCUCAAGUAGCGACAAAUGCCACCAAAUUCCAUCAUCCCAGAGCUCUCUGUGUAUUGGUGGCUCAGGUAUUUCAGAUGGACCAAGAGGUGUUCGCACAAGAAACAAAUAUAAACUUAAGCAGGCUCUGUCUGAAGGUUUUCAGCUAAAGGAUAAUCGUCUGACAAUGGAACAGAAGGUUCUACCUGAACCGUCAAGCCCAAAUAAGAUUCUGAAGGAGGGGCCACUUGAUGCCAGCGGCACAGAUUAUCAUUGUAUAUGUAACAGCACCGCAAUCGUUAUGGAUGACCCUGGAACCUCUGCUGCUACAAUGAACAACUUAAAUAAACCGAUUGUGAAGUUUGAUAAGGAUUCAUCAAGAAUGCAUGUAUUUUGUCUUGAGCAUGCUGUUGAGGUUGAGAAGCAACUUCGAGCGAUUGGUGGUGCAAAUGUUAUUCUUUUAUGUCGUCCAGAAUAUCUUAAAAUAGAAGCAGAAGCAAGGUCGUUAGCUGCAGAAAUGGAAGUUGAGUAUGACUGGAAGGGUAUCCAUUUCAGGGAAGCCAAAAGGGAGGACAGGGAGAUGAUACAAGAACUUCUGCAGGAUGAGGAAUCAAUACCAACAAGCAGUGACUGGACUGUAAAACUGGGAAUUAAUCUUUACUACAGUGCAAAUCUGUCCAAAUCUCCUAUACACAACAAACAAAUACCAUACAACAGGGUCAUCUAUAGGGCAUUUGGCUGCAAUUCUCCAAACAACUCACCGGAAGAUCUGAAAACUUGCGAGAGGAGUCAAGGCAGGCAGAAGAAAAUAGUCAUUGCUGGCAGGUGGUGUGGGAAAGUAUGGAUGUCAGACCAGGUCCAUCCAAUCCUAGCUCAGAGAAUUGAAGGCAGUGAACUGGAAGAGAGUGACGAUUCUGGUGGAGUGGCAGCCUCCAAAAGAAGCACUGCAACAGCUGUAAUGAAAUCAAGCAAGAGAAGGGAGAACAUGACUCUGGAGGAAACAGAUACCAAGAGGCUCAAACAAACUGAGGAGUACAGCCCCAAAGUAUUAAAACGUGUUGCUCAAGUGUCCUUCCCUUCACCAACUGGAGCUGUUCUCCGUGUUAGCUCCAGGAUUGCCAAUAGACCAAACAAGGUGAAAUCAGAGAUGACAGAAGAAGAAGAUGAUGAUCCUGCUAGCUGUCCGAAGUCAAAGGUUACUUCCCGUUGGCGAACAAGAGCACCACAGAAGACUGAAGUCGAAGGUUCUCCUGUGAGCUCUGACCGUAAUUGGGAUUUGUAUCCGCGUAAGCACCGAACCAGAACAGAAGCAAAGAUCCAACUGAAGAAAUCUACAGGAGAGAAGAAGAGGACUCCAAGAGAUCCAGUGCACGCCGAAGAGUACAUGUGCAGCAUCGAGGGCUGUUAUACAAGCUUCGACACGGAAAAGGAACUCUCCAUGCACGAGCGCGACGUCUGCCCCGUCAAUGGCUGCGGGAAGAAGUUCAUCACGCACAAGUACCUGCUGCAGCACCACAAGGUUCACACGGAUGACCGCCCGCUGAAGUGCCCGUGGGAGGGCUGCGGCAUGGCGUUCAAGUGGGCCUGGGCAAGGACGGAGCAUCUCAGGGUUCAUACGGGCGACAGGCCCUACGUUUGCCAUGAGCCAGGGUGUGCACAGACGUUCAGGUUCGUGUCAGAUUUCAGCCGUCACAAGCGCAACACGGGCCAUUCACCCAAGGGGACGAGAACGGAGGCCUGA